AUAAACCGUACUAAUAGUAAUUACAACGAGUAAGAUUUGAAAGCCAGGUGCAGGAGGUGGUGAUCGUUUCUGGACUUGUGUUUCUGGCGGGCAGCUGCAGCAAGAAUCACUAUGUUUAUCAAACAGGUGAUAAUCCAGGGUUUCCGUAGUUACCGCGACCAGACGGUCAUCGAUCCAUUCAGCCCUCGACACAAUGUCAUAAUCGGUAGGAAUGGGUCGGGGAAGAGCAACUUCUUUUUUGCUAUCCAGUUUGUGCUGAGUGAUGAGUUCAACAACUUGGGUCAGGAGCAGCGGCAACAGCUGCUACAUGAGGGGUCUGGACCGCGUGUAGUGUCUGCCUUUGUGGAGAUCAUAUUUGACAACUCUGAUGGCAGAAUACCAGUUGAGAAAGAUGAGGUAUCUAUACGAAGGGUGGUGGGUGCCAAGAAGGACUCGUACUAUAUGGACAAGAAACAUGUCACUAAAUCUGAUGUCAUGAAUCUACUGGAGAGUGCAGGCUUCUCCCGUAGCAACCCCUACUACAUUGUCAAGCAAGGAAAGAUCAACCAACUGGCCCUUGCCCCGGACCCUCAGCGUUUGAAGCUACUACGAGAAGUGGCUGGCACUCGAGUGUACGAUGAACGCAAGGAAGAGAGCAAAACCAUCCUCAAAGAAACAGAGAAUAAGAAAGAGAAGGCUAACGAGAUGAUAACCACAAUGACAGAGAGACUCUCAACACUGAAGGAAGAGAAAGAAGAGUUGAGCAAAUACCAGGAACUGGACAAGAUGAGACGUUCACUCGAGUACACCAUCCAUGACAAAGAGCUUCGAGACACCAGAGAGAAGCUAGAGAAGUUGGAGGAAGCCAGGGAUGGGAGCAAAGAGGGCUCCAAACUCAAGCAAAAUAAAAUGGAAGAGGCCAGAGCAGCUCUACAAUUGUUGGACCAGAAACUCAAGACCUCACGUGCCGAUGCAGAGAGGCUGCAGAGUGAGAAGAGACACCUUGAGGACGACGGACAGGAGAAUAUCAAACAAAGGGCACAGCUAGAAUUCCAGGUCAAGGAUCUCGAGGGAAACGUCGAGGAUGACCGGUCAACAAAGGAGUCUUCACGUAGUGAGCUGGGUCUGCUGGAGGGAGAGAUAGCUGAGAAACAAUCAGAGCUGGAGUCCAUUAAACCACAGUUCCAGGAGCAGGUCCAACAAGAAGAGGAGCACAACCAAAGAUUACGUGCCACCAAGGAGCGCAAGUCUGAGCUGUUGGGUAAGCAAGGCCGAGCACAGCAGUUUGAGUCAGCCAGAGAGAGGGACACUUACCUCAAGCAAAAUAUCAAGAAUACCAAGGCAUCUCUGGAGGAUAAGAGUCAACUGGUCCACAAGAGGGAGGCUGAAGUGGAGGCUCUGAAGGUCAAGGUUCAACAGCAACAGCAAGAAAUAAAGGACCGAGGGGAGAACCUGGAUGUGAGACGGAGAGAUCUUGAAAGGAUUCGUAAAGACAAGAACGAUUUCAAGCUCAAGAUAGACGAUCUGCAGAAUGAGAGGAAUCACCUGUGGCGUCGUCAGAAUGGUGUGGACAUGAGUGUACAUGCACUGAGUGAUGAGAUGGGGAGAUGUGAGCGUGAGCUGCGUGGGCGUAUCCCUCGUGGUCUCAGUCAGGCCAUGGAUAUUGUAAAGGAGGUUGUGAAGACCAACAAUAUAUCUGGCUACUAUGGAGUGGUGAUUGACACGUUUCAUUGUGAGCCUCAGAUGUACACGGCUGUGGACACUGUGGCAGGGAACAGGUUGUUUCAUCAUGUGGUGGACAAUGAUCGAACAGCUACUCUAAUCCUGUCACACGUUAAUAGACAAAAGAAGAAAGGAGAUUACAACUUCUUCCCUCUAGACAAACUGCGCACAUCGGAGCCACGCUACCCACAGAGCCAGGAAGCACUCCCAAUGAUAUCCAAGCUGACGUUUGACCCAAAGUUCCGACCAGCCAUGAUGACUUUGUUUGGACACACUCUGGUGUGCAGGGACUUUGAGAAGGCAUCGGAGUUUGCACAGAGUGCUCGUAUGGACUGCAUCACUAUGGAAGGUGAUGUUGUAAGUCGUAAGGGUACAAUGACUGGUGGCUACUAUGACUCGAGCAAGUGCAAGCUACAGCUGUACCAGCAUGUGUGUGAUCAGAGUGUUAAACUGGAGGAGGCCAAACAAGAUAGGGUCACCAUUGUGCAGGAGAUAGAGGGUGUGGACGGUAGGGUGACACAAUCCAUCGGGGAGAUGCAAAAGCUGGAGGGUCGUGAAUCGCAGUUGAGGGAGAAUUUGGAGCAACAGAAGAGAGACAUCAAGUCAUUGCAAGAUGAGCUCAAUGCACACAAGAGGGCACUAGAACCACAGGAGAGGUCACUGUCUGGACUGAAGGUGGAUCAGAGAACUGUACAGAAAGCUCUGGAGGGAAUGCAAGCUGAGCUGGGCACUGAACUGCACUCACAACUGGAACCACACGAACAGCAAGAACUUGAGGACCUCCUCCCUGAGCUUAAGUCACUGGAGCAUCGUGUGGCUGCGUGUAUGACUAAGAGGGCAGAGCUACAGAAGGAGAUGGAGAGACUUCAGUCCACCCUCAGUGAUAACCUCUUGCGUCGUAAGGAAGAGCUGAAGUACCAAUUAGAGAGUGUGGCUCUCUCUGACAAUCGACAGCAACUCGAGCUCAAAGCCACAGAGUUCAGGCAUCUGGAGGCCAAGAUUGAGAGUAAUAGGGAGAGGAUCAAUGUGAUUAACAAGGAUCUGCAGAGUUGCAACAAAGUGGUUGAGAGUGUGGAGAAGGAGAUGGACGAAUGGAAGACUGUAGAACGGGUGAACCAGGAGAGCAUUCUGGAGGAGGCCAAGGCUAUGGAGAAGCUGGCCAGUAAGAGAAGUCUACUGGCUAAGAAGAGGGAUGAGAGCAUGAGACACAUCAGGGAGCUGGGGUCACUGCCAUCGGACGCAUUCAUUAAAUACAACGGCCUUCCUCAGAGUCAGCUCUGGAAGAAUCUGCAGAAGUGCAAUGCUGAACUUAAGAACUACAGUCAUGUCAACAAGAAAGCCUUAGAUCAGUUUGUCAACUUCACAGAGCGUAAGGAUAAACUGAUGUCACGCAGGGAUCAGCUUGGAAAGGAGUACGAAGCCAUAGUAGAGCUCAUGGAGGUGCUAGAACAGAGGAAACACGAGGCCAUUCAGUUCACCUUCAAACAGGUUUCAAGGAAUUUUUCUGAUGUAUUUCAAGAGCUUGUGCCUAAUGGUCAAGGCAGUCUCCUCAUGAAGCGCACAGUCGAUGCAACUGAGAGCUCCCAGAGUGAGGAAGAGUACAGCUCUGAUAAGGCCGAACUUUUCACUGGAGUCACCAUUAAAGUAUCGUUCACUGGUCAGUCAGCAGAGACCAAGGAGUUACAACAGUUGUCUGGCGGUCAAAAGUCACUAGUGGCACUCGCACUCAUCUUUGCCAUACAGAAGUGUGACCCUGCCCCCUUCUACCUGUUUGACGAGAUUGACCAAGCCCUUGAUUCGCAUCACAGACACGCUGUUGCAAUGCUAAUUCGGCGUUUGGCUGACAACGCCCAGUUCAUCACAACCACCUUCAGACCUGAGCUGCUAGAGAGUGCUGACAAGUUCUAUGGUGUCACGUUCAAGAACAAAGUCAGCCAUGUUCAGUGUGUGAGCAAAGAUGAUGCUGCUGGCUUCAUCGAGGAGGAGGCAGCCGACAAGUGAACACCACAUCAACCAACCAACUCAUUUAUUCAUUCACACUAUUAGACUAUUGUUGUUAAACUCGCUAUCCAAUGCUUGGUUCAUUGUGCUUGCAUUAUUCUUUAUUGUGUGCAUAUUGUACACUAUUAAUGUUGAUAUAAAUUUGGUAUUAAUGG